AUGAUAAAUUACCUCCAAUACUCAAGUAGUGGAGUAUCUGGUCUAGGAUUCAUAGGGAGUGUGCUUUCGGUUUAUGUGGUUGGUAAAAUUAGUGAGAAGGGAGGUAGACAAAACUGGUUCCAGUAUACGUUGAACAAGAGUAGACUAGAUAGAUAUUACUGGGUGCUUGCAGCCUUGAGUUCUGUAAAUCUACUUGUGUUUAUUUUAAUUGCUUGUAUUUACAAAUACAAGGAUCCAGAAUCAGUACUAGAACAAGGAGAUGAAAAUGGCCCUCUAAAUGGUCAGCAAGAGGGGCCAGAACCAGAACUAGAACCAGAACAAGGAGAAUCUGGUCAGCCAGAGGAUGAGGAUGGCGCCCAAUGA